AUUAAUAUUAGUACUAUCUUCGUUGGACUGACAUUACCAGUAUACCAAGGGUCAUGUUUACGGGUCAAGAGUAGGCCAAGUUCUGUGUUUUGACCAGCGUACUGGACUCCCGUCCGUUGCCCCAAUGCCAUGAAUGUCAUUGCCAGCGUAAUGUACAUGUAGCCUACCCUCAGAAGUUUGUGGGAUCCGACGUCCGCGAACGUCGGAGGCGUUUAGUAAAAAUUCGACCGGUCGGAACGUGUCGGAACCUUCACUGAAAUUCCGUGGUACUGUUCUAUCAACUGAGCUUUCUCAUCUGUCAGUGAGUUAACGGACAUUUUAAAACUGUUGUCAAUCACGGUCCUGUGAUGUCGUCGUACUCCUUCUCAGACAAGGGAGGCGGUUCACUGCCAAGGGACGAUGACGAUGAUGACGAAAACACCAUCAAGAUUAUGGUUGCCACCGACUGUCACGUCGGUUACGCCGAGAAGGACGGGAUAAGACACAGCGAUUCCCUGAACACGUUUGAAGAGAUCUUACAGCAUGCCAGAAGGAACCAGGUUGACAUGAUUUUGUUGGGAGGCGACCUCUUCCAUGAGAAUAAACCCUCCCGCAAGGCUCUCCACGGGGUGAUGGCGCUGAUCCGCAGAUACUGCAUGGGCGACCGGCCUGUUCAGAUUCAGUUCCUGAGCGAUCAGAGCGUGAACUUUGCUGCCAAUCCGUUCCCCGUCGUCAACUAUGAAGAUCCAAAUAUCAACGUGGAAAUUCCCGUCUUCUCCAUCCACGGUAACCAUGACGAUCCUGCAGGGCUUGGAAAUCUCUGCGCCCUUGACAUCUUGAGCGUGUCCGGGCUGGUCAACUAUUUUGGGAAGUGCAACUCACUGGAAAGCAUUGAUGUGACACCGCUCUUGAUCCAAAAGGGCACCACAAGGCUAUCCCUGUAUGGAAUAGGAUCCAUCCGGGAUGAGCGCAUGCAUCGGAUCUUUGUCAACCGGAACAUCAGGUUCUUUCAGCCUAAGGAGGAGAAUAAUCCAUGGUUCCACCUGCUGGUCCUUCAUCAGAACAGGACCAAACACGGUGAGACCAACUACAUCCCCGAGCAGUUCCUGCCCGACUUCCUGGACCUAGUGAUCUGGGGACACGAGCAUGAGUGCAAGAUUGACCCGGCCUGGAAUGACCGGCAGCAAUUCUUCGUCAGCCAGCCCGGCAGCAGUAUCGCCACCUCCCUGUGCCAAGGGGAAUCCAUCCAAAAACACAUCUGCCUCCUGAAGGUGCGAGGUAAGGCCUUGAAGUGUACCAAGAUCCGGCUGGAGACGGUCCGGCCCUUCUACAUGAGGGACAUUAGCUUACAGGACACCGACCUGGACCCGGGCCAUGCUGGCAUCAAGGACAAGGUGGAGGCCUACUGCUCAGAGAGGGUUGAAGGGCUCAUAUCUUUAGCGGAGGAUGAGCAUACAGGAAACCCCAAACAGCCAGUUCUGCCACUCAUCAGGUUACGUGUUGACUACAGUGGUGGAUUUGAGACGUUCAACGUUAACCGCUUUGGCCAGAGGUUCGUCAACAAGGUGGCCAACACCAAAGACAUCAUCCUCUUCCACAGACGCAAGCUGCAGCCAGAGAAGCGGGACGUGAAACCUAAUGAGGACAUGUCCAACUAUCUCAGGCCGGAGGCCCUGGAUGCGGGGAGGGUGGAGGAUCUUGUCAAAAAAUACUUUUCAAGUGCUGAAGAGGGCAAACAGCUGAACCUUCUGUCGGAGAAGGGUCUUGGCCAGGCCAUCCAGGAGUUUGUGGACAAGGACGAGAAAGACGCCAUCAGUGAGCUGGUCAAGUUCCAGCUGGAGCGGACGCGAGGCCACCUCAAGAACCGCAAGACGACCGACACGUUCAUUUUGGAGGAGUUGAAGCAUUUCAAGGAGCAGAGGAAGAAGAUGUCGGAAGCUGAGCAAGCCAAGGAAGUCAAAGCCGUGAUGGAAAAGGCAAAGGAGAAGCGUCUCGAGAGAGGAGACGACUUCAGUGACGAUGAUGACCCAGACACCAUACAAAUCGACUCAGAUGAGAGCGACACCACCGACAGAGGGCGUGGCCGCGGGAGAGGGCGUGGCCGGGGAGGGAGGGGCCGGGGGUCAUCGACUCGAGGCAGCCGAUCGCGGGGAGGAGGGAGGGCAGAGAGCCAGGGGACGGGGAACAGCCGCUCAAAGCAGAGCGUCCUGUCAGACAGUUUCAUCCGAGCAAGUAAGCCCACAGCCAGAAAUUCUCGCCGGUUUGGGGAUAGUGAUGAUUCUGAAGACAAGAGCAUCUCCUCCCGAGCCACCACAUCAUCGGCCUCAUCAAGGAAAGGCGGCAGUCAAAGGAAUGCGAAGAGGAGCGCAAUGGCAUUUCUAGACAGCAACUACUCAGAGGAAGGGGACGACUUGGUUGGUUACUCACCGAGCCCUCGGAAAAGGGGGUCUUCGACGGCUAAGAGAGGUAGACGAUUCUAAAUCAGGGGCUCAACUACUGCACCGUCGGGGAAAAAAACAAGCUCUUGAUUAGAACUGGUCUGUGUUGUCCGUGCUGAUUUGGCGAGCAAGAUGUGCACGCUCGACCUUCACACCGUGGCCACAACCAAGGUGCGUUAUUCUCCAUAAGCAAAUGCAUACACAAAUCCUCCAAGAGAUAUCAGACCAACAAAUUGAUAAAACUCUUGAGAAAAACAAAUCUUUGAUAUCAUUUUAUUUGAUUGGUUUAAUAUUUAUGAUUUGACAUAGAAAGGAUACACAUUGGUUGAGAUGAAAAAGAGAAAAAAAAUGGUCCAAAUCACACUCUGGACCGGAUUUACCACAAAUACAUGUCUAGCGUCAAGUCUUGUCUUUGUUUUUCAACCACCGUUCCACUCAGAUGUGGUUUCUAUGCAAGAUCACUUUGUAACGUGUAUUGCCAAGAAUUUCUGUGAAAUUGCACACAACAUGAACGACUAUUGUAUUCGAAUUACAAAAAAAAUCCUGUGUCACUUGAUUCUCUAUGCAACUGUAUACGACGUGCCUAAGGUUUGAAUGGUCUAGUAAACUAUGGAAUCUUUUUUAUACAAUGAAAAAUACAGCUGUGAAGUUCUGCAGCAGAUAUUGACUGCUGUCACGUGGGAUUUGAUGCUUUAUUACAAUAAAUGGACUGUGGCACCCUCAGCUUCGCCUAGGGCGCUAGCCGUUAACCCCCAAGGAUGUACAAACAUGAUAUCUGACUCUGUCAUUCUUUGUUUAAUAUACCUCUGUCUUGAAUUCUUUGCAAUAUUUUCUCCACCUGAAGUUCUCCAACACAACCAAAAUGGCAGGUGUCUCAGUGCUUUGUAUCGGCUUAAUUGUGUUGGUUGCAUGCAUCUGAUACUCGGAAUCGGCAUUUUUACGUAUUCAAAACAUUUUGUGGAGGAGAAUCUACAUAAUGUUUUUGAAGUUCAGCAGACGAUAUGGUCGAGUUCUGGCGGUCUGUUCUUGGCACGGGUUUCUUGUUCUGGCGCUCGAACGGCGGGAACACGACUCAAGAACACUGUUCUCGGACCAGGAUCACACAC